AUAUGGUUUACAAACUUUUUUGUUAAAUAAUGGCGAGUGCAGCUGCAAUCCCCAACUUGUCAUCAGAUAAUGCGUCGCCUGUGAAGAAAUCCCCAAUCAAGCGUGAAUUUAAGGAAUGCAAUGUUGAAGUGCCGUUAUUGAUGCAAGAGACCAAUAAAGACGAGCAGCAGUACUUAGACUUGAUUCAGUAUAUCAUAGGGAACGGUGAACGUCGAAUCGAUCGCACCAAUGUCGGCACCCUGUCGGUAUUCGGCAGUCAGCUACGUUUCGAUAUGCGGCUUUCGUUUCCCUUGCUGACCACCAAGAGGGUGUUUUUCCGCGCGGUCGUGGAGGAGCUGAUUUGGUUUGUGGGCGGAAAGACAGAUGCGAAGCUCUUGCAGGCGAAGAACGUGCACAUUUGGGAUGGAAACAGCACCAGAGAGUAUCUGGACAAACUGGGCCAUACCGAUCGCGCCGUGGGAGAUCUGGGUCCAGUCUAUGGCUUUCAGUGGCGCCACUUUGGUGCCGAAUAUGGGACUUGCGACGAUGACUACAGCGGCAAGGGCAUCGACCAAUUGCGCCAAGUAAUUGACACCAUCAGGCAUAAUCCGUCCGAUCGUCGGAUCAUCAUGUCUGCAUGGAAUCCGCUGGACAUACCCAAAAUGGCACUUCCGCCCUGCCAUUGUCUGGCACAGUUCUACGUCUCGCAGACCCGCGGAGAGCUGUCGUGCCAGCUGUAUCAGCGCAGCGCCGACAUGGGCCUUGGCGUGCCAUUCAACAUCGCCUCCUACGCCCUGCUGACCUACAUGAUAGCCCAUGUAACUGGCUUGAAGACGGGCGACUUUAUCCACACCAUGGGCGACGCUCAUGUGUAUCUUAACCAUGUUGAUCCACUGAAGGAGCAGCUGAAACGCAAGCCGCGGCCGUUUCCAAAGCUGAACAUCAAGCGACAGGUUGAGAACAUUGAAGAUUUUCGGUACGAAGACUUCGAGAUCAUCGGUUACGAGCCAUACCCUAAGAUAAAGAUGGACAUGGCCGUCUAAAAAUGCUACUGCUACUAACUGUAUUACCUGAAAUAUUGGCUCAUAUUGGCAAUCCAUAAUAAAUAAAUUCAGUGAUUUACGCUGUCACAGCUCAA